AUGAGUUGCUGCCGCAACUGCUCAAAUCUUGGCAAGAAGAUUUGGUUCUUCGUGGCUGUGAUCAUUAUAUUUGCCAUGGCCGCUUUCUUUGCAUUUGGUUUACCAGCAAUAGUCAAUACGGUUGCACGUAGAGAAUUCAUCAUGGAACCAGGCACUCAGGUAUACGAGAAUUGGCUUGAUGGUGAGGUUCCUAUGUACUUUGACAUUUAUUUCUGGGAUUGGACAAAUUCAGAAGAAGCUACAAACGAAGCUGUUAAACCAAAUUUUGUUCAACGCGGACCGUAUGUUUUCCUAGAAGUGCAUGAAAGGCAUUUUAUAGAAAGAAACCCAGAUCACACUAUUACUUUUCAACAAAACCGAACUUGGACAUUUAUUCCAGAACAAUCUAAUGGAGAUUUUUAUACCGAUGUAGUAACUACUCCCCACACUAUGCUUAUGACUGUUGGAGCACUUGUUCAGGAUGAACCAUUUUUAAGAAGUCUUCUAGAUGGUAUAAUUGAGGCAAAUAAACUAUUAGAUGGAUUUACCUAUAAGGAUGUUAAGGUACAAGAUAUUUUAUUCGACGGCGCUGAGGAUCUACUGCUUGGCGCAUUGCAAACACUUAUUGGUGCGUUUCCUGAGCUAGUAGAAGGCGUAGAAGUGCCACCAUGGGAUGGGUUCGCAUAUUUAGCCGAACGAAACAACAGCGUCGAUUAUGACGGUGUGUUCCGAAUGGGUACCGGUACAGAUGCGUGGACCAACACUGGGCUAAUGAGAUCUUGGAAUGGAGAAACCAGAGUACCAUAUUACCGCGGUGAAUGCGGCAUAGUUCAUGGUUCAACUGGACAAGUAAACCCUCCCAUGACUAGAGCUCAAAUCGAUAAUCCAGAAGAUUUUAUUCUGUUCAUCACUGAUAUAUGCAGUGCUAUGCGGCUGAAGUAUGACGGAGAAUUUGAACUGGGAGGAGUUGUAGGCGGUCUAUGGAUAGGCGACAAUCGUAUCUUUGAUAAUGGGCACAAUUUUCCAGAAACCGAAUGCCAAUGCACAGCACCGGUGGAAGAAUGUCCUGCGCUCAAGCCAGGCUUAUUCGAUGUAUCCGGUUGUAACUUCGGUGCCCCACUGCUAGUUAGUUUUCCACAUUUCUAUUUGGCAGAUCCCAGCUAUUUGAACAGUGUCACCGGACUGAGUCCUAUUCGUGAACUGCAUGAAUUCCGCUAUGCAUUACAUCCAUUCUCUGGGAUCCCUUUGACAGUAAAUGGAAGGCUGCAAUAUAACGUCCAUGUAAAGGACUAUGGACUACAAUUGACUAAAGACUUACCUGAUAUCAUUUUGCCUGUAUUCUGGGUUGAGCAAAGGGUAGUUCUACCACAAGAUAAAAUCGACGAUUUGAAGCUUAUCUAUACGCUACGAGACGUCGGCAAAUACAUUGGCUGGGCGCUUUUCGGUAUUGGUCUGUUGGCGUUAGCAGUGGCUCUUUAUUUCUGCAUAUUUGUAUGGAAAGACUGA